AUGGCCCUGACCUGUGGAGUACCACAGGGGUCGAUCCUGGGACCUCUUCUGUUCAAUCUCUACAUGCUGCCGUUAGUGACCUACAUCCUGGACUCAUGGGACAGUGGAACCAUCAGGGACAUGAUCAGGGAGGACUCCGAGGAUAACGAGGCCUGCUGCUGCCCCCAAACUACUACCUCUCUGAAACACACUGCUGACGGGGUGCUGCUGGGGGCGGUGGGAGCCUAUGACUGGAACGGCACAGUGGUCCUGCAGACCCCCACUGCAUCCAUCGUUCCAGGGAAAAACAGUUUUUACAACUCAGAGACGGAGGCGGGAUACGAGCAGCUGGCGGGGUAUCUUGGGUACGAUGUCCAGUCGGCCUCCACCCCCAGCGGACUCCUCUACAUCACCGGAGCCCCGCGGUACAACCACACCGGGCGAGUGGUCGUGUACCGCCUGGACCAGGACAACAACAUCUCCAUCUCUCAGAUCCUCAAAGGAGAACAGAUCGGGUCUUACUUCGGCAGCGUUUUGCAGACCGUGGACGUGGACAAAGACUCCUUCACCGACCUCCUCUUGGUGGGCGCUCCGAUGUUCAUGGGCAAAGAGAAGGACGAGCAGGGCCAAGUGUACGUUUACAAGAUCAACGAGAACGGCCGUUUCGAGCACCAGUUCACUUUGACGCCCAUAAAUCAGUCGUGUUGCGCUGCCCACUCUGAUGUUUGCGCCAAUAAAAACGAACCGUGUGGGGCUCGGUUCGGGACGGCCAUCGCGGCGGUGUCGGAUCUCAACCUGGACGGGUUUAACGAUGUGGCCAUUGGGGCUCCCCUGGAAAACGACCACAAAGGAGCGGUGUAUAUUUAUCAUGGAGAAGGAGGCACGCUCAAGGAGAAGCAUGUGCAGAGAAUUCCUGCAGGUGGAGACGACGACAAGAUUAAGUUUUUCGGUCAGUCCAUACACGGAGUAAUGGACCUGAACGGAGAUGGGAUCACGGAUGUUACUAUCGGAGGACUGGGAGGAGUGUCUCUGUUCUGGUCCAGGGACGUGGCCGAGCUCCAGGCCAACAUGACCUUCGACCCUCCCAAGAUCCGCCUGCAGAAAGCUCAGUAUCAGUGCGAACACAACGGCCGCAAGUCCGUGUGCGUCACAACUGAAGUAUGUUUCGUCUACACAAUCAAAUCUGAGAACAAGGACCAGACAGUGAGCCACGAGAUUUUCUACAACCUGACAGUGGAUGCUUUACGAGCCAAAGCCAGAGCAGCGUUUCUGGACAAAGACGGGAAAAGUGACCGAAGGAUCCGACGCACGUUCAGCAUCAGAGACGGAGAGAGGAAAUGUUUACAGGAGAGCUUCAUGAUGUCUGCUCGACUGGACUUCAAGGACCCUCUGAUGGUCUCUCUGGAUUUCGGUUUGGUGAACGAGGACAAGGGGCCGGUGUUGGACGAAAACCUUCCUCGCGCCAUCAACAAAACCAUCCCGUUGGUGGACUGUGGGAGUGACGAGAGAUGCAUCGCAGAUCUGUCUCUCAAAGCAGAACCGAGCGUCAGAACAAUGGUCAUCAAGGCAAAGGAGAAGAUCGAUGUGAAAAUCAGAAUCAAAAAUACCAAAGAUAACGCGUACAACACCAAACUUACCGUCAGCUUCUCCCCAAAUAUUAACUACGUCAAAGUGGAGCCUGAGAAAGACUGUUAUUUGAACAACUCGAAGGUGGAGUGUGCUGUCGGGUACCCCUUCUUGGGAAGCAAUGUGGAGGAAAAUCUUGAAGUGAAGUUUGACGUGAAUUCAGCGCAUAUUCAAAAAGAAAUUCAAAUCAAUGUGACGGCGACAAGUGACAGCGAAGAGUUAGAAGCGACACUGUACGACAACAGUGCUCAGAUCUCGAUCCCCGUGAAGUACGAAGCCGGACUUAUUUUCACUGUCUGGCCGGCUGAUGAACACGUCGUGGUUAAAGAGGGAGAACAGUUUGCGGCCGUGUUUAACGACACCAGAAUGAUCGGAGAGGAAGUUAACAUCACGUAUACAGUGGAAAAGACCGGCCUUAUCGAGACUCCAGACCUUUACCUGGAAGUAACUUAUCCCCGUCUGUCCCCAAUGAAAAAUUACUUACUGUACUUGACCAACAUCAAAACCAGCCCACAGGUUUUUUGUGACACUGGACGCUUGAUCAACUCUGAGAAUCUAAACCCAAACAUUUUCAAACCCAACCCAAAAAAAGAGACACUGGGAAACUUUCUGGUGAGCUGUGAGAACCUGCCGUGUGCGUCUUUUGUUUGUACGAUACCAGAAGCGAAAACGAGUCAAGUCAACGUCACGUUCCGAGUUUGGAAACCGACUUUCAUAACGGCUGAUUUCUCCAACCUGCACAUGCUUGUAAACGCCACCCUAGGAAUCAAAAACACAGAUUUGUUUGUUCUCAGUAGUAGCAGCAGAACAAGAAGCGUCAAAGUACAAAUUUCCAAAGAGACCUUAGGGGGCAUCCCUUUCUGGUACAUCAUCCUCAGCAUUCUGAUUGGACUGCUGAUCCUGGCACUUGUAAUCUUCAUCCUAUGGAAGAUGGGAUUCUUCAAACGAAAACCUCGAGAAUUUUCAAAGGAGGACAUGAUGGACUGA